AUGCAGCCCACCAGUUAUGGACAGCAAUUCUACCAGCCCGCGUAUGGCCUUCCAAUGUCUAUGCCUUCAUCGUAUCAUGGCCUUCCCUACGACGAUCAGCAGUUUUACCAGCCAGAAGUGUAUUCGGAUAUGAUGCAGCCGUCGCCAAUGAACAACACAGCGAUCCACAGUGAGGAUUUCCCCGAUCGCAACGAUGCCAAACCGCGUCUUGCGAAGCAGGAGGUUGAGCUCUUAGAACGCCAUUUUCAAGAAAACCACAAGCCGCCGAGUUCUUUGAAGCGCCAAUUGGCAGAGAACAUGGGUGUGCAAGUGUGCAGGAUAAACAACUGGUUUCAAAACAGACGAGCGAAGGCCAAACAUGAAGUCAAGCAAGCAGCAAGACUUCUCACGAUUGAGCGCGCCCAAUCUGACGAGCAAGAGACCGAAGAAUACGAUUUGUCGAAGGAGUUCUCGGAGAUGUUUGAAGAAGAGCAGCCUGCGUCUGAAGACGAACCAAAACGUCCUCGGAGUGGCAGCGUUCAUAAAAAGGCUUCAUACAAUCAGACGUAUGAGGCUCCUGUAGCCGCAAGCUCUCGGUCCCUUGAACACGCAGAGCUCGAUAACCAGGCCGCAUAUCAACGGAGAAACUAUGGUUUCGAGUUCGAUCACCAGGCCGAUGGGGAUCAAUUCGGUGUCACUAUUUAUGAGAGUAUGGCGGAACUGGAUCAUACUCAAUUUCAAAAUACGGCCUCUGCCAACGUUCUUGAGUACGAAGACAAUGGUUAUACGACAUCGCCAACGUCAAUGGAGAACUUGGAUCGCAAAGCGAUGAUCAUGUCGAUGCCAAACACCCACAACUACUCUUACAAGAUCCCAGCUCAAGGGAGCUCGAAUCCUGCGAAAGCCACUUUUCCGUCACAGCUGCUCGUUGGCAAGCACAGCCAAGGCAGCCUACGUACCAUUCCAGACGACAGGGGCGACACCCGGAGGCCAUCCGAGACCUCGCAAGAAGGUGCAACUAUGAGAUUCAUGUCACCUCCCCCUUCAGCAGACAUCGCAUCACGCCGCAGCAAACGACGCCCUGCCCCAAUUGGAACAGAAGCGAUUAGAGAUCGCGCCUCCCCGAGUAUGAAGACUCCUUUAACUGCCGCGCCACAGCGACGCGCAACAAAGAGCCCUGGUAUUGGGGUCCGUCGUGCAGCAUCUAUUGGUGCAGGUCUCAACGUACUGGGAAGCCGAGUUUCCAAAUCUGUUGCGCCUCUUUCGCAGUCUCCUCUUCGUCCACACUUCCCCCACGAGCUAAAGAAGUUUGCUGGGAUGGACAGCCAGGUCAAUUUGAUCCAUGCACCCAAUGGCCUCGCCCCUCCAACCCCGAGAUCUCCAAAUGAGAUUGCCGGGGGGGCUCAAUUCUACAUGGAUGAAGAAUCUAAGCAGUACUCCCAUAUCUCCCAACAAGAGUACGACGUACUGAGCACCAACCAAGAUCCUUCUAACGGAUAUUUCGCACCGUAUGACCUCGGUUUUUCACCUCCCGAGACCCCUGGCGGUGGGCAUCAGUGGACAGGAUAUGACGUCGGAGACAACGCUCUUCAUACUCCAGGUCUUAGUUCGUUUCCAAGCGAUGAAUUCGCCCUGCAGAUGUCUCAGCCACUUCAAAUCCCUCAAUAUGCGUCUGCACCAACAGAUACAGACUCUGGCACAUCCCAUGGCCACGGGCCAGUGAGCGAUCUUUACCAUCCCCAGAUGCCGAUAUCUCAACAUUAUUUAUCUUCGCAGGGUUCUGAGCUCUCGGUCUCUCCUCAAUCUAGCUGCAAUAAUGUAGCAUACGCCAACAACAAUACCCAAUUCGACGCCACUGGCAUAGAAGGCAAACUCCAUGUCCAGUAUCAAUGGGACCAACAAGGAUCUGACUAUCUUGUUUCGCUAUCAGAGCACUCAUCGCCUGAUCAGGCAAGGAAUCAAGGCCUUGUUUUUCGUAACGCCACGCCCAGAGAUUUCGAGGGCAAGCCGUGUUCAGGAAGCCCCUGA